ACUCCCAGAGCGGCACAAGGUGUAUGCUGCCGGUUGGUGGUGGUCAUGGCGUUGGAGACGGUACCUAAAGAUCUGCGGCACUUGAGGGCUUGCUUACUUUGCUCACUGGUCAAGACUAUUGACCAGUUUGAGUUUGAUGGUUGUGACAACUGUGACUCUUAUCUCCAGAUGAAGGGGAACCGUGAGAUGGUUUAUGAUUGCACCAGUUCUUCUUUUGAUGGCAUUAUUGCAAUGAUGAGUCCCGAGGACAGUUGGGUCUCCAAGUGGCAACGAAUCAGUAAUUUCAAGCCAGGCGUGUAUGCUGUGUCAGUGACUGGCCGUCUGCCCCAAGGCAUCGUACGUGAAUUGAAGAGCCGUGGAGUGGUCUACAAGUCUCGGGACACAGCCAUAAAGACCUAAGAAUAUCUUGUUCCUCAAAUCUUGUAUCUUGCCAGCUUCCCUUUUUUGUAGAUGCUGCCAUAUGGACUAUUCUAAUGAUACGGAGGACAAUCUCUACCUAGAUUGGGCUUUUAUUAAGGACUCAGGAGCUGCCUACUAGUGGCUCCAUUUUUCAGGCCCUGACUGCUGAGCUAGAUGGUGGAGGGGGUUUUCCUGAAAGACUGAAGGAAGAGGUGCCAGCAAUUCCCUAGUGUUUCUGGUUUCUGUAAGCUGUUUUUAAUAAAUUUGGUUAUAGCACCAGAAA